GCCGUGGGGACGGGCUGCCUCCUGGAGACCGCGGUGGGGACGCCUCAGCUGUCGCUUCCCUCCCGCUCCAGGUGCAUCGAGGAGCGGUACAAGGCUGUGUGCAACGCUGCCCGAACGCGCUCCGUUCUGUCGCUUGGAAUCGCUUGUUUCAAACAACUCCCCGAAAAGUCUGAGAACACGUACCUCUCCCAGAUCUACAACCUGACGCUCCUCUGCAUGGAAGAUUAUAUCGUUGAGCCCCAGUCGGUGCAGUUCUUGGUGCAGCACGGCUUUGACUUCAACAAGCAGUACUCUCAGGGGAUCCCCUACCACAAGGGCAAUGACAAGGGCAACGAGAACCAGAGCCAGAGCGUUCGGACCUUUUUCAUGGAACUUAUACGAGCAAAGAAGCCCCUCGUUCUCCAUAACGGCCUGAUUGAUCUGGUGUUCCUGUACCAGUGCUUCUAUGCUCACCUUCCAGACAGCCUUGGCACUUUCACUGCUGACCUCUCAGAAAUGUUUCCAGCGGGAAUAUAUGACACCAAAUACGCUUCCGAGUUUGAGACCCGUUUUGUAGCAUCCUACUUGGAGUACGCGUACAAGAAGUGCAAGCGAGAGAACUGUAAGCUGAAGGACCAGCACCUUACCAUCGAGUUCUGCAACUACCCUGCCAACGUGUCCCGCUACAUUGAUUAUCGCUACUGCUCUCUGGAAGAAGCAAGCCACAAUGAGGGAGAGGCAAAUAAGGUGCCUGUCUGUGAGAAAUUUUCGGCCUAUGGCUGGUGUCCAAAUGGGGUGAAGUGUCCCCAGUCUCAUAACAUUGACCUCAUAAUUGAUGAGGAUGACAGGCUUUGGGAGGAGAAGCGGAAGAAACGGAAGCACAAAUGGAAACGUCGGAAGAACGCAAAGGAGAUUGAACAGGAAAGCUCAGGGAAAGAAAUGGAGCUAGCUCAGAAUGGGGAGGAGGGACCACCACGAAAACAGAGCUGUCCCAGUGAGCCAGCAGCUGCUAUGGAGCUGGCAGAGAGCACAUCCAACACUGAUGGCAGGCACCUGGAGGAGGAGAACUCCCCUGACAUGGAACCAGAAGUUAGCUUAGACACCAGUGCACAUGCCAAAAGGGAAGAGGAUUUGGGGAGCACUGAAGCAACUGCUGUCCCAUUAGAAGCCUCCACGAGCCCUUCUGCCAAGGGAAAUGGCUCUGAUGGUGACCAAGUGGAAGGGAAGUUAGAGGUCCCUGCUGGGGCGAGUUCUGUCAGUCACCCAGACAGCUCUGAGACUGAAACCGCAUCUGCCGCAAGAAAGCGAAGGGAAUCCCAGGCCCUUCCUUCACAGGGGGGAACCCACCGAGCUGGCUUUGAUGCCUUCAUGACUGGCUAUAUCAUGGCUUACGUGUGGAUGCUCAAGAAAGGAACAAGCACGGAUGCUGGUGCAGAGCCAUGGUUGCCAGAUUGUCAUAAUAAACUGUACCUCAGUGGGAAAUCAGUGCCCCUUCAGAUAGUGAAGAGCUUGUUUUCUAAAUCUUCCAAAGCUCACAGCCAAAAGAUGAAGUUGGCCUGGGCCAGUGGCUAGAGCUAGAAGACUCACAGAACUGUUUUGUUUUUUUUUCCUCCCUCACACAUUUAAGGUCUUGACUUUAUUCUGAACUGACCAGGAGGGAAGCAAAUUUCUUAUUCCUGCUUUUGUUUUAACUUCUGACCAAUUAAAUUGCUCUCAAUUGGA